AUGGCCUCAUCUGCAUCCGGCCCUGCCGGACUAGCCGCCGUUUCGGAAUUCGCCGCCUCGCUUGGUCAGAACCCAUUCUACGCCGGCUAUAGCGAAGCUUAUUUGGGUGCGGCCGCCAGUGCUAAUAGUGGAUUUUUGGCAGCCUCCACCCUUGCGCAGCCGAGCAGCAACAUUGAACAAACGUCUCUACCCUACCCUCAAGCCCCAAUCGAUUGGUCGAAAGAAGCUAAAGAGGACAGCAAGGACAAGGACGGAAGCGGAGAAUCUGAUGAUGACUCGGGUGUCCCGAAGGGCGCAGUUGUCUACCCCUGGAUGACACGCGUGCAUUCCACUACUGGUGGCUCCCGCGGCGAAAAACGACAACGCACCGCCUACACCCGGAAUCAGGUCCUGGAGUUGGAAAAAGAAUUCCACUACAACAAAUAUUUGACCCGGAAGCGCCGAAUAGAAAUUGCUCACUCUUUGAUGCUCACCGAACGCCAGGUGAAGAUCUGGUUUCAAAACCGUCGGAUGAAGCACAAGAAGGAAAAUAAGGACAAACCAACACCCCACCAAAUGAUGGGCCCAUUCGGUGCAGCCGGUCUUCCAUUUGCCCACCUCAGCGCCUUCCCCCGUUCAUUCCUUGCCCCGUUCACC